AUAUUUUUGAAAAUUUUAGAAAAAUGGAAAAAACCUGUAGAUUCUGCCAGUACGUUAUAAUUGCAACCCUUGUAUGAAGUGCUGUUGAUGGAUUGAGUUGUCAAUAUUUCUCCCAGGAAGAAUGUGAUAGCUCAAUUCACAGAAACUGAACCACAAACAAUAUUGAUUGUAAAUUAUAUCUCCGAUGCAUUAAAUGUUUUAACUAUAUGUCUUCAGACUAUAGAGAUUACAAAUUUGAAGUGAAAAUAAAUUGUAAAAUAAUAUUUUUGAAAAUUGCAGAAAAAUGGAAAAAACCUGUAAAUUCUGCCGGUACGUUAUAAUUGCAACCCUUGUAUGCUGUGCUGUUGAUGGAUUGAGUUGUCAAUAUUUCUCUCAGGAAGAAUGUGAUAGCUCAACUCACAGAAACUGCACCACAAACAAUAUUGAUUGUAAAUUAGGGAAAGAGCCAGCGUAUUGUUAUGCUACUUGGCAUAACAACACGCUGCUAAAUCAAGUGGUCAUAACAGGCAAGAGUUGUACUAACCGGCAGGAUUACUCACAACCUAGAUAUGUCAACACAACUAGGCCGCUCCGGGACAAAAUGUAUUGUUGUUGCAAUUCUAGUUUGUGCAACAACAACGUCGAAUGGGUUCCGGAGAUCAAUAGUGAGCCAGGUUAUAACACAAUUAUUGUACUGCUAGGAUAUACUGUGGUGUUCUUAAUUUAUGUUGUAGCAUACAAAGUGUAUCAAUGUGUUCGAACAAAUGGAACAAACCUUGAAAUUCUGCCGGUACGUUAUAAUUGCAACCCUUGUAUGCAGUUCAGUUGAUGCAUUGAGAUGUGAAUUUCAUUCUCGUCACUGCCCAAAUCAACUGGACUGCAGUUUCGAUUGUGAAGCACGGGAAGAGCCAGCGUAUUGUUUUGCUUCUUGGCAAAACGAUACGCUGCUCAAUGAAGUGCACAUAACGGACAAGGUAAUAUAACUUAAUACUUAUAGAUUUGUGUUUAAUUAUAUCAUGUUUUUAUUUUAAUAACAUUUUAUAGGGUUGUACUUACCGGCAGGAUUGCUCACGACCUAGUUGUUUCAAUACAACUAGGUCGCUCCGGGGCAAUAUGUUUUGUUGUUGCAAUACUAAUUUGUGCAACAACAACUUCGAAUGGGUCCCGGAGAACAAAAUUAAGCAAUACAUAAUUUAUCAUACACACAAAUAUCGUUAACUAAAAAAUUUAAUAAUAAAAUUAUUUUUUUUUUUAUCUUAGGUGAGCCAGGUGAUAAGACAUGGAUGGUUAUUGGAUAUAUUGUGGCAUUCAUUUUUAUCUUUGUAUUAUACAAAUUGUAUCAAUGUACAAAUGGAACAAACCUUGAAAUUCUGCCG